CUUUAGCACCUACAAUCCCCCUAUCCCCUCCUCUCUCUGCACUUUCUCUUUUCAUGGUCUUGUUGGUUUAUCAGAAGUUUUAGUUGAUAAAUUACACCAACAUUGCCAUUGCCUUUCUUUAAUUCCACCAUAACUAACACACUCCUUGGUGGGAUUAGUGGCAAGAAAAAGAUCCCCCUUUUGUAAUUAUCGCAAAAGAGAUCUGUUUCUCUCUGUGUUUUUGUUUAUACAUUCACCAGACUGUUAAUAUGGUGAAGUUUGCGAGGCUCAUUUCAAUGGCUCCUUUGCUAUUGCUUCUCUGUUUCCCUCUUGCUUUUGCCGGUCAUGACUAUGGUCAAGCUUUAAGUAAGAGUAUUCUCUUCUUUGAAGCUCAAAGAUCUGGUUACCUCCCCCAUAACCAGAGGGUGACAUGGAGAGCUAAUUCCGGUUUGAAUGACGGCAAGGCUAGUGGGGUGGAUCUGGUAGGAGGGUACUAUGAUGCAGGGGACAAUGUGAAAUUCGGCUUGCCAAUGGCAUUCACGAUUACCAUGAUGUCAUGGAGCAUAAUUGAAUACGGGAAGCAAUUGGGUUCAAGUGGUGAACUGGGCAAUACCAUGGAUGCUGUUAAGUGGGGAACUGACUACCUUAUCAAAGCUCACCCUCAACCCUAUGUUCUUUACGGAGAGGUUGGGGAUGGCAACACUGACCACUACUGCUGGCAAAGACCAGAGGAUAUGACCACUGACCGUAGGGCUUACAAGAUUGACCCAAGCAAUCCUGGGUCUGAUCUUGCUGGUGAAACAGCCGCCGCAAUGGCCGCCGCUUCCAUCGUUUUCCGCCACUCGAACCCUACCUAUGCCAAUGAGCUCCUCACGCAUGCGCAUCAGCUAUUUGAUUUUGCAGACAAGUACAGGGGUAAAUAUGACAGCAGCAUUUCUGUGGCCCAGAAAUAUUACCGGUCUGUUAGUGGCUACAACGAUGAGUUGCUUUGGGCAGCUGCUUGGUUGUAUCAAGCAACUAACAAUCAGUAUUACUUGGACUACCUCGGAAACAAUGGUGACUCAAUGGGUGGAACUGGGUGGGGCAUGACUGAAUUUGGUUGGGACGUCAAGUAUGCUGGAGUCCAAACUCUUGUUGCCAAGUUCUUGAUGCAAGGGAAAGCUGGCCAUCAUGCACCAGUGUUUGAGAAGUACCAGCAGAAGGCUGAGUACUUCAUGUGUUCAUGCCUGGGAAAGGGUACCCGCAAUGUUCAGAAAACUCCUGGUGGUCUAAUUUACCGCCAGAGAUGGAACAAUAUGCAGUUUGUGACCAGCGCUUCAUUCCUGGCUGCUGUCUACUCUGACUAUCUUGCUUCUGCUGGUAGAAACUUGAAUUGCGCUGCUGGCAAUGUGGCACCAUCCCAGCUUCUCACUUUCGCGAAAUCUCAGGUGGAUUACAUUCUUGGAGACAACCCGAGAGCUACUAGUUACAUGGUUGGUUACGGAAACAACUAUCCACGACAGGUUCAUCACAGGGGUUCUUCAAUUGUUUCCUAUAAGGUUGACCCUACAUUUAUUAGCUGCCGUGGAGGUUAUGCCACUUGGUUUAGCAGGAAAGGAAGCGAUCCAAAUCUCCUCACCGGUGCCAUUGUUGGUGGCCCAGAUGCCUAUGACAAUUUUGCUGAUGAAAGAGACAAUUAUGAGCAAACAGAACCUGCUACCUACAACAACGCUCCUCUUCUUGGUUUAUUGGCUCGGCUAAGUGGUGGUCAUGGAGGGUAUAACCAGCUCCUUCCAGUUGUGGUUCCAGGUCCUAUUGAAAAGAAACCAGCACCACAACCAAAAGUUACUCCAGCACCACAACCUAAAGUAACACCAGCACCAGCUUCAACUUCUGCUCCUAUUUCCAUUGCGCAAAAGAUGACAACGACAUGGAUAGCCAAGGGAAAAACUUACUAUAGGUAUUCUAUUACCGUGACCAACAAAUCUGCCAAGGAACUAAAGGAUAUCAAGCUUUCAAUAUCUAAGCUUUAUGGUCCUCUCUGGGGUCUGACAAAAUCUGGAAAUUCUUAUGCGUUUCCAUCAUGGAUUAGCUCUUUACCUGCCGGAAAAAGUCUAGAGUUUGUCUAUAUUCAUUCUGCAUCUGCUGCAGAUAUCUCUGUUUCAAGCUACACUCUGGCCUGAAAAAGGAAGGAA